GGUGCCUAUAAUUAUGUACACAAAUAUGGAAUGUAAAUAUUACUUGACUGAUAUAGCAUAGCCAUUGUCCUGCUGCACUGAUUUUGCUUGAUUUGCUGUCUUCCUAAUUCCUUGAUUAACUCCACUAACUUUCUUAUACUGUGAUUGCUCAUUCUCCUCCAUAUGGAAGAGGAGAGAAAACAGAGCCCUCAAUUCAACUAAACGUCACAGGAGUUACAAUUUCGAGCUUGAUUUGCAAUGGCUAUGACACUCAAUCUCCACCAAAAACAAACAGGAAAAAUAGCCAGCUUUGUAUGUGGAAUUGUUGCAUGGAAGGAUGCAAUUAUUAGCAGUGAUGAUGAUGGGAACAAUCUGUUACACAUAGCAGGGAAGUUAACUCCUGAUUUUCAGCUGGCUCACAUCUCAGGCGCAGCUUUGCAGAUGCAGAGAGACCUACAAUGGUUUAAGGAGGUUAAAGGAAUUGUCCCCCAGUGCUACAAAGAAUACAAAAAUGUGGAUGGUGAAACCCCUGCCCAAGUGUUCACAAGGGAGCACAAGAGUUUGCAGAAAGAAGCUGAAGAAUGGAUGAAGAAAACAGAAGAGUCUUCGACAGUUGUAGGUGUCCUCAUUAUAACCAUUAUGUUUGCUGUAGCUUUUACUGUUCCUGGCGGCAAUAAUCAAGACGCAGGUUUUCCCGCAUUACUGCACGAGAAAUCUUUUAUGGUAUUUAUAGUAUCAGAUGCAAUCUUUCUCUUUGCGGCAUCCACAUUAGUGUUAAUGUUUCUAGGAAUCCUCACAUCACGUUAUGAUGAGAAAGAUUUCCUUAAAUCCUUACCCACAAAGUUGAUUAUUGGCAUUUCUACACUCUUCGUUUCUAUUGCAGCAAUGAUGGUAACCUUUUCUGCUGUGCUUUUAAUCAUGCUACAAAGACGAAUGUGGUUAGUCAUUCCAAUAAUUUUGUUUGGUAGUGAGCCGGUCACCCUGUUUGUGUAGUUGCAGUUUCCUCUCCCCUUGUGGAGAUAUUUGUAUUGACUUAUGGAUCAAGAAUCUUUAUAAAGAAAGAUGAUGAGCAAAAUGAGGACAUGCUUGCAAGGGAAAAGGAGUUGGAAGUUACUCUCGAUUGAUUCAAUUGUAGUUGCAAUAAAUUAUUUGGUGGAUGUGUGUUCCUGAAAGACUUCAAUGUCAAAUUUAUAUUUCGACAUUUUUUUUUUGUUAUUGUUUUGUUGUUGAUUUGUUUUCUUGCUUACGAAUAUUAUGAUAUUUCUGUAUGUCUUAAAGCUUAAUUAUUCUUAGCUUUUUUAGAUGGUUUAUUAAAUUUAAUUAUUUUUA